GCUGUUGUAACUGGAAGCGAGAAGCAAGACACCUGCACAUUCACCACAACACACACACACACGAUCAGCCAAGAUGAGCGUACAGGGCGACACGGACGACGUGUUUGCGCGCUGGCGCGACAUCCUCGCAGCCAUGCCCCAAGUGGAGGGCCAGCCAACCCAGGAGCAGAUGGAUGCGCUGAAACAGAACAAGGAGGACAAGAAGGCGUUCCUCGAGACCCUCACCCCAGACGAACGCAAGCAGGCCAAGACCAUCGAGAAGGACUUCAAGAAGCAGAUGAAGCAGGCCAAGCCCAAGCCCAAGCUGACGAACGAAGAGGCAGCAGCCAAGAAGAAGGAGGCUCAGGAGCGCGCCGCUGCCAAGAGAGAAGAGCAGGAGGCAAAGCAGCAGAAGAAGGAAGCGACGGCCAGGGCGCAGACGAUGGAGAAACCGCUGCAGAAGCUCUGCCAAUGGCUCGGUAUCAAGUGCAAGGUCGUCACAAUCGACGACGAGACGUGCUUCGACGUCCUGCUGCCCAAGUGGCUGCGGGAGAACGAGGCGUAUCUUGAUGAGUACGACCUAGACGAAGGCACGAUGACGCUUGAUGCAGACGAACUGGAGAUGGCGUGCACGGGCGGUGUGCUGGCGCUGAGCCAGAAGUACUUUGGUGAGGGCUUCACCACCGAGUUCCCCUUUGACAACUUGGUCGAGCGCGCAGAGACCGCGAACGUGCUUGCGUCCAUGCAGGGCCUGCCGCCCUGGUACAAGCACAUGUCGUACCCCCUGACGGAGGAGGAGAUUGCCCUCGUCACUUGAGAGCACGUGCACCCGUGCCACCAGCUGGUGUACUUGUUUGUGUGGUGUGUGGUGAAUGUGCAUGGCUGUGAUUGUAUGAUGUGAUUGAAUGCAUGUUCGUAUGAUGUGAAUAUGUUUGUUCGUGUGCACGCAUGUAUGGCUGUGUAUGUGUAUGGAUGUGUGAUGAAUACAUGCGCGACGUAACGUGAUGUGUAAUGGACUUUUGUGUUUUGUUGACGUUUAUUCACCUGUUGUGUAUGUGUGUGUGUGUGAAUCACAUCACAUGCUCCGCUACGCGUUGCAAACAAGCUUGGGUUGGAUAUUGAACCAAAACAGUCAUGACCGUUGAACUACCCC